AUGCUGUUUGCUGGAGUUUCUCUUUCCCAUCACCGGACCAUCACAGCAGUUCCAAUCAAAAAACACUUCAAUGUUGGGAUCGUUGGCGGUGAUGUUGCCCAAGAUGGUCAAUUUCCUUGGCAAGUGGCUGUGUAUUUCGACACCAGUGAGGGUUCGUUUUUCUGUGGAGGGGCUCUGAUUGAUACCAGAUGGGUUCUAACGGCCGGACAUUGCACCUAUCACGCAACUGCAUUUACACUUCAUUUGGGGGCAAAUUCUUUGGUUGACGCGGAUCCAAAUCGAGUGACCUUGGGGGCCAGCCAUGCGGUGGUUCACCCAGAUUAUAAACCUUCAGAUUUGGAGAACGACAUUGGACUUAUCCGAAUUGACACAGUUUAUGAAACUAAUGAUCAUAUCAAAGUCAUUUCUCUUGAUACUAGUGAUAUAGGGGGUGCUGAACCAGUUACUGUAAGUGGUUGGGGAGCUUCCGGUGACUGGGAUGGUGUUGUCAAUGACCUUAAUUUCGUCGGUUUGAAAACCAUAACCAACGACGAAUGUAAGGCCAUUUACGGCGAACAAACCAUCACCGAUGGUAUGCUGUGUGCUGUUGGUGAAACGAUUGAAGGGACAUGCAAUGGAGAUAGUGGAAGUCCUUUGAUAACUGGAAGUGGAGAUAAAGCCCUUCAUGUUGGUGUUGUAAGUUGGGCAAGUGCCCAUGGGUGUGAAACAAAUCAUCCCUCGGGUUAUACGAGGACUGCUAAAUACUACGACUGGAUUAAAAGUGUGGUCUGGCCAAACCAAACUAGCACUGUUUGAGAAAUUUGAGUUAGACUUUUAAUGUAGUUGUAGCGAAAAUAAAUGUAGUUGUAAUGUUUA